AUGUACAUCCCAAAUACUACCUGGACGUGGAGCUUCAUGCUCGUCGCGGUCUUCCAGGCUGCCAUCAAUCUGGCUCUGCAAUGCUAUGUGUUUGGAAGAUUCCAGGCCAGCCUGCUCCCUGACGCGAGGAAUUCAGAUGUGUCCUACACCAUUCCGACAUAUCUCGCAUUAUUCAUCUUCGGCUUCUUAUAUCAGUUGAUAUUGGUCUGGGAUGCUCUGCGAUUGAAGAAUACAAUUCAAGUAAUCGGACUAUGCAUCUACAAUCUAGGAAUGGUGAUAUAUGCUGCGGUGGAGAUCAGUCAGGUCGACGAAGCAAUUGAGAUCCUGGACAACCAAGGAAACAUUCAGCCGGGUCUGCGAGGAGCGCUCAAGCCAUUCCUGAUAGCUGCGCCCUGUGUUCUUGCUCUUGGAACAGUACUAUUGGCCCUUGUCGCAUGGAAACUAUACGACGAAUUUGCGUGGUCGAUUUACAAGCAUAUUUCUGCUGAUCUGCGACUAAAGCGGCGAUUCCUAACGUACCAGAUUUACAUCGCUCUACUAAAGUUUGAUUUCUUCUUCUUUUUGGGAUUCACUGUGCAAUUUCUGGUCGUUGUCCGGAAAGGCACCACACCAGCUGAAUUCGGCCUCACAAUCGCGGCUAUUCCGAUCACAAUCGCGCUUCUGUUUUUAGCCGCAUGGUUUACCCAACGAGAAUCCACCGUUGGCCAGGUUACAGUCAUUGCGGUCUAUUUCGCCGCGAUGGCAUACUUCUUCUUCAAGCUUGUGAGGAUGUAUAAUUCACCCAAAGCACAAUACUACGAAUCCGCACGCCACAGCUUGACCACCUUUGCGGUUCUCACCCUCCUGCUGCUCAUUGUCACCAUCGUCGUGGCCAUCAUGUGCAUGCGGAACUUCAACAAAGGCCUCAAGCCACAUGUGCGCUCCCGACGGUCCAUGCACGGCAGAGAUUCCCUCGAGGCGGGUAAAUACACCUCCUAUGAGGGCUAUCACGCCGAGCCGCAUCCAAUGGGUGCGGUAGGAGGGCCGUCAAGGAUGACCAUCGAUUGA